AAUAAAAAAAAACACGCACGCACACACACGAAACAAUCUGUUCUCGGAAUCCAAAAAGGACCAGAAAUGGCGUGCAGGACCGCGCUCCGCUCCGCUCUGCUAAUAGAAGCGUGGCGACCCGUUCAUCUCGCUCGGAGCUCCGCCUCCGCCUCGUUCAGGACCCGCGGAUUCUCCUCCCCCAGGCUGAGCCGCCACUUCAGGACCCGAGACAUCCACUUCGCGCGACGGACUCACCUCAACAGCUCCCACAACGAAAACUCGCCGGCUUUGUCGGAGGACGACCAGGGCCCGCCGCAAGAGGCCAUCUUGAAAGCAAUUUCAGAGGUGUCGAAAACAGAAGGGAGGGUUGGGCAGACGACGAAUGUGGUUAUCGGAGGCACGGUGGCUGAUGAUUCUACGAAUGAAUGGGUCGACUUGGAUCAAAAGGUAAAUUCGUACCCGACUGUUAGAGGGUUCACAGCAAUUGGAACUGGAGGGGAUGAUUUUGUGCAAGCUAUGGUUGUUGCUGUCGAGUCCGUAAUUCAGCAACCUGUUCCAGAGGGUCGUGUGAGGCAGAAGGUAUCAUCAAGGGGGAAAUAUGUAUCUGUAAACAUUGGACCUGUUCAAGUAAUUUCUAGCGAACAGGUCCAAGCUGUGUACAAUGCCAUGAGAAGAGAUGAUCGGAUGAAAUACUUUUUGUAGCGGGGAUAAUCCUUUUUUACCGUACUUUUGUACAGAGUGCCAAUUUCUAGCGGCCUUCCCAGUGCCCUCCUCUUGUCUGGAUCAGAUUUGGGCUAAUUCAUGAUACCAGUGAGCAGAGCAGUCGUGGCUCAGAAUCUAUCCAUAUACUCGCUCGGUAUGUAAUUAGGUGUAACUCAGAAAGUAGGCAUUCAUCGACCUGUAUUAUUUGGUUGUGAAUUUUAUGCUUUGUUGACUGAUUUUAUGAAGGGCCAGAUUAGUUUCCUACUAUCUUAGAA